CGCUUAAACAAGGAGCACGGCCUGACACAUCUGGACCCCUGCCCUGGUCUCAUCUAUCACCCCACCUUCCUAUCACCUCCACCCCGCCGAAAUAAUAUUAUUCUGCCCCGCCAUAACGUUGUUCGCGACACGAUCAUCCCUUCGCUGUUCCUCUUGGUCAUAGUCGUGCCUUUUUCUUUCAGCUUUACCCACGCUACCAGCGGCCAUAAUCGCACCUAGGAUCGGGCAAGAUGCUCGACUUCAACGAUUUCAUUGUCGAACGCGGGGGCAACCCUGAGAGGAUCAGGGAAAGCCAACGCAAGCGUCAUGCCAGUGUCGAAGUCGUCGAUGAGAUUAUUGCCAUGUUCGAGGACCACCGCAGGACUGCAUACUCGGCCACACAGAUCAACGCAAAGAUCAACGAAGUUCAAAAGCAGAUCGGCCCCAAGAAGAAGGCCAAGGAGGAUGUUACCGAUCUCCUAAAACAGAAAGCCGACCUCGAGAAGGAGAAGAAGGACCUCCUCGCCUCGGCUGCCGAGAAGGAGCAGCUGCUGAAGGCCAAGGUCCGGACUGUCGGCAAUAUCGUUCAUGACACGGUUCCAGUCUCCAAUAACGAAGACGAUAACACGGUUGAACGUACCUGGGCUCCCGAGGGGGUCGCCUUUGAAAAGCGCAAUGUUCUGUCCCACCACGAGGUUCUGGACAAAUUAGACGGCUACGACCCGGAGAGAGGAGUCAAAGUUGUCGGCCAUCGCGGGUACUUUUUGCGGCGGUGGGGUGUGUUCCUCAACCAAGCCCUGAUUAACUACGGUCUCGAAUUCCUGUCCGAGAGGGAUUACAUUCCCCUGCAGACCCCACAGCUCAUGCUCAAAGACCAGAUGGCCAAGACAGCACAGCUCUCUCAGUACGAUGAAGAGCUCUACAAGGUUACCGGAGACCAGGCAGAUAAGUAUCUCAUUGCUACCUCGGAGCAGCCAAUCAGUGCGUACCACAGCGAUGAGUGGCUCCAGCCCAAGCAACUUCCUCUCAAGUAUGCGGGAUAUUCGACUUGCUUCCGCAAGGAGGCCGGUGCUCACGGGAAAGAUGUCUGGGGUAUUUUCCGCGUCCACGAGUUUACAAAGGUCGAGCAAUUUUGCAUCACGGAUCCUGAAAAGUCUUGGGAGAUGUUCGACACCAUGAUUCGGACGUCAGAGGAAUUCUAUAAGUCUCUCGGCAUCCCCUACCGUGUCGUCGCAAUCGUCUCGGGUGCUCUCAACAACGCUGCUUCCAAGAAACUUGAUCUUGAAGCUUGGUUCCCGCAUCAAGGGGAGUUCAAGGAGCUUGUCAGCUGCUCCAACUGCACCGACUACCAAAGCCGCGAUUUGGAAAUCCGCUUCGGCAUCAAGAAGCAGACGGACGUGAAGAAGACAUAUGUCCACUGCCUCAACUCCACUCUCUGCGCGACGACGAGGACAAUUUGUGCUAUUCUUGAGAACUUCCAGACCGAAGAUAUACCUGAACCACUGCGCAAGUACCUCCCUGGCGCCCCGGAAUUCAUCCCAUUUGCGAAAGUGGCGGCGAAGGAGAAGGAGAUUCCGGUCCGGUAAUGGGCCCAUUGAUUCUUGCGCAGACAUUUGUUGUGAUAAAGCCAGUUCAGCAGCAUGAUGGGAAGAUUCUCCGGAAUUCAGAUCUUGCGAAAGUAGAAGGAAAAUCUGGCGCUUGGUCAAUAAGCAUAGGGAGCCCAGAAGUUGGUCCAUGGACUGAUUAUGUGGGCAUUGAUCAUCUACU